AUGUUCACCUUCUGCCCGCUCCAGGGCGCCCUGUCCGACUCGCCCGCCUCGCAGUCUCUACUCGAGCUCGAUGGAGGGGUCAAAGUCCUCGUCGACCUGGGCUGGGACGAGUCGUUUGAUGUCGAGAAGCUCAAGGAGAUUGAGAAACAAGUCACGACCCUUUCGCUGAUCCUCGUUACACACGCGACGGCGUCGCAUCUCGCUGCAUACGCCCAUUGUUGCAAGAAUAUUCCCCAGUUUACGCGAAUUCCGGUAUAUGCGACGCGACCAGUCAUCGAUUUGGGCCGCACCUUGAUCCAGGACCUUUAUUCAUCGACGCCUGCGGCCGCGACGACGAUCCCCCAGAGUUGGCUCUCCGAGUCAGCAUAUUCAUUCUCUCAGACUGCGACGAACGCGCAGAACCUCCUACUACAGUCCCCGACCCCCGAGGAUAUCGCGCGAUACUUUUCUCUUAUUCAACCUCUCAAAUACUCCCAACCGCAUCAACCUCUCCCGUCUCCCUUUUCGCCUCCCCUCAAUGGGUUGACUAUUACAGCAUACAACUCCGGACAUACUCUUGGUGGCACAAUAUGGCAUAUCCAACACGGCUUGGAGUCGAUUGUUUAUGCGGUCGACUGGAACCAGGCCCGUGAGAAUGUCUUUGCGGGUGCUGCCUGGUUGGGAGGUGCUGGGGGUGGUGGCGCCGAGGUUAUCGAGCAGCUGCGCAAGCCUACAGCCUUGAUUUGCAGCAGCCGUGGGUCAGACAGGAAUGGCCAGUCUGGAGGUCGUAUCAAGCGAGACGAGCAGUUGGUCGACACCAUCAAGGCUUGCGUUACCCGGGGAGGAACUGUACUGAUCCCAGUGGACUCGAGCGCCCGAGUGCUGGAGCUGUCAUACCUCCUGGAGCAUGCGUGGAGAGCUGAUGCCGCCUCCCCGGAGAGUGUCCUCAAGUCUGCAAAGCUCUAUCUCGCGGGACGCAACAUGUCUAGCACGAUGCGAUACGCGCGAAGUAUGCUCGAGUGGAUGGACGACAGCAUUGUACAGGAGUUUGAAGCCUUUGCCGAGGACCAGCGAAAAGUCAAUGGUGCAACUGGGAAAAAGGAGGGCGGACCGUUGGAUUUCAAAUAUCUGCGAUUGCUCGAGCGCAAGGCCCAGAUCGAAAGGUUGCUGAGUCGCAGUACGGAAAACGCCGCGACAGAGGGCCGAGUCAUCCUGGCGAGUGAUACCAGCAUCGAAUGGGGAUUUUCAAAGGACCUGAUUAAGGGACUGGCGAAGGACUCGAGAAACCUGGUUAUCUUGACAGACAAGCCUGGCUUAGCAAAGGACGACAAACCCUCAAUUGCGAGGACACUCUGGGACUGGUGGAAGGAGAAGAGAGAUGGCGUUUCCAUGGACCAGAACAACGGUGGAGAUAAUAUCGAACUCGUGUACGCUGGCGGCCGGGAGCUGCAGGUCAAGGAGGCCCAGCGCCAGCCUCUUGAGGGCGAGGAGCUGUCUGUGUAUCAGCAGUGGCUGGCUACGCAGAGACAGCUUCAGGCGACACAGCAGAGCGGAGGAGCGUCGGCUCUAGAAGCAUCAGCUGAUGUUGUGGAUGACGCCUCCUCAGAGUCCUCAUCUGAUUCAGAAGACGACGAUGGCGAGCAACAAGGAAAGGCGCUGAAUGUGUCGACCACCCUUGGCCAAGUCGGCCGUAAGAACGUGGUUCUCAAAGACGAGGACCUCGGCAUUAACGUGCUUAUCAAGAAGAAGGGCAUAUACGACUUUGAUUCAAGGGGCAAGAAGGGCAGGGAGAGGUCGUUUCCUAUUGCAAUCCGGAGGAGACGCAACGACGACUUUGGAGAGCUGAUUCGACCCGAGGACUACCUUCGAGCGGAGGAGAAGGAGGAGGACAAUGCAGACGCUGCCAACUUGGCAGCCAUGGACGACAAGCUUGGCAAGAAGCGUAAAUGGGACGACGUGGUGAAGAACGGCCCCGGUGCCAACAAGCGGAACCAGACAGCGCGUGCCGGAUCUGUGGACGACGCCGAGGGUGGCGGUGCUGGCGAUGGCUUCGUGCCGGACGAGCUCGACGCAGUUGAGGAUAACGAGCCAGAAGAGCCAGCCGGCCCAUGCAAGCUCGUGUACCAGACGGAGACGAUUACGGCCAACCUGCGCAUCGCCUUUGUCGACUUUAGCGGCCUUCACGACAAGCGAAGUCUGAACAUGCUCAUUCCGUUGAUCCAGCCACGCAAGCUUAUCCUGGUGGGUGGCAGCCGCGAGGAGACACUUGAGCUGGCCGACGACUGUCGCAAGGCUCUCGGUGCGAAUGGCGACCGUGCCGUGGACGUGUACACACCCGAAGUCGGCGUGUCGGUUGAUGCCAGUGUCGACACCAACGCCUGGGUCGUCAAGCUGGCUGAUCCGCUCGUCAAGAAGAUCAAGUGGCAGAACGUCCGCGGACUCGGCAUCGUCACCAUCACCGGCCAACUGCUCGCCACACGCCUCGCCGACGACGGCGACGAAGACGCUGCCAACAAGCGCCAGAAGACGGAGCCUUCCACCGCCCUGGUCAACAGCAACGGCACCUCCGGCAUGCCCACUCUCGACGUCCUCCCGUCCAACCUCGUCUCUGCAGUGCGCUCUGCCGCCCAACCCCUACACGUUGGCGACCUGCGACUCGCAGACCUCCGCCGCGCCAUGCAGGCUGCGGGCCACGGCGCCGAGUUCCGCGGCGAGGGUACUCUGGUCGUCGACGGCACCGUCGCCGUCCGCAAGACUUCGGCCGGACGCGUGGAGGUCGAGAGCGUGGGUCUCCCGACGACCGGGCGCCGCACUACUUUCUACGAGGUGCGCAGGGUGAUAUACGAUAACCUGGCCGUUGUGGCGGGUGCUUAG